AUGCCCCCGCUCGACAUGCCAUUGCCACCAAAGAAUCUGAACCUUGUUGAGGCUAGCAUCCAAGACCUUCUAUAUGCCCUCGAAAUCAGAGCCAUUACAAGUGUUCAACUCGUGUCGCUUUACCUUCAUCGAAUUGCCCACUACGACACCCGAGGGCCAUCUUUAAACUCGAUCUGCGUUCUUAACCCGAAUGCCUUUGAGGAGGCACAGAAAUCAGACGACUACAGAGCCAGUGGUCAGAGACCAAGACCCUUGGAAGGCAUCCCUUUCACAGUCAAAGACAGUUUCAUGAUCAAGGGCAUGACAGUUGCAGCAGGUUCGCCGGCAUUUGCUGACCUUGUUGCCUCCGAAGAUGCAGCAAUUGUCUCGCUUCUACGAGACUCUGGUGCUGUUAUACUUGGCAAGACAAAUAUGCCAGCUAUGGCUGAUGGUGGAAGUCAACGCGGGCUUUACGGAAGAGCAGAGAGUCCUUACAAUUCUGACUACUCUACGACGGCUUAUGCAUCGGGCUCUUCCAACGGCUGUGGUACAUCGACUGCAGCAAGUUUUGCCGCCUUUGGCUUUGCAGGAGAGACUGUCUCUUCAGGACGCGCACCUGCUUCCAAUAAUGCUCUGAUCGGUUACUCCCCAUCACGAGGUGUAAUCUCAAACAGAGGGCAGUGGCCGCUCUACCCAACAUGCGAUGUGAUUGUUCCCCAUACGCGCUCAAUGGAAGACUUGUUCCAUGUCCUCAACGUCAUUAUUGCAGACGAUUCAGAUGCACAUCUAGGAAUUGACUUUUGGCGAAAUCAACCAUUUGUGACAAUUCCCAAAGCAUCCGAAAUUCGUCCUGAUGAUUACCAACUCCUGAAGGACCCAUAUGCGCUCCAUGGAAAGCGCAUUGCCGUCCCUAGAUGUUUUCUCGGGAUAAAAUCUGCCAAGCCAUUUCACGUCUGUAUUGCGCCAGUGCAAAAUCUGUGGGGGAAAGCUCGAACUGUCCUUGAAUCCUUGGGGGCUACGAUUGUCGAGACAGACUUUCCUCUUCUCGAGAAAUAUGUGAAAGAAGAUUUCCCUGGUCAAAGCUGCAAUGUACCCGGAAUUUCGAAGGAGUGGACAGAUAUUGAGCGAUGUCAAAUGAUUGCCAUGGCAUGGGACGACUUUCUUCGCCAAAAUAGCGACUCAAAAUACCCGAAUCUUCUGGUGGCUGAUCCGCAGAUCAUUCAUCCACGAAUCUCGCCCAUGGACGAUCCUUCGAGAUAUACUGAACAGCAAAACCAAGUUCGUUACUCUGGUAUGAUUGAUUCUCUCAGAGACAGAAAACACACACUUCUUGAACUUCCAGGCGUUGAGGUUGCAGUGCACGCGCUGGAAAAUAUGCGGAAAGUAGAGCUCGAGAGCUGGAUGGACUCCAAUGGGUUUGACAUGCUUGCUUUCCCGACCAAUGGUGAUGUGCCAUAUGCAAACGCCGAUGAAGAUCCUAAUUCGAUGCUCCAUGCUCUGCAGGAUGGCGUCAAAUAUUCCAAUGGAGGUCGUGCUCUCAAACAUGUCGGAGUUCCCUGCAUCACGCUGCCCAUGGGUACUUUGGAAGACCAGAAAAUGCCGGUUGGAAUAACCUUUGCCUCCAAAUCUCAUGCAGACAAUGACCUCCUCCGAUAUGCAUAUGCUUAUGAAACAGCUUCUCGAGCCCGAACUGCUCCUGGGCUGACGCCUCCAAUCCCGUCCGAUCAAAUUUCAUUGUCAAACUCUUACCAUGGAAAAUCUACCAUGGCGAAGCCGCAGUUGACGAUAUCAUCAGCCACUUGGAAGAAGGUCGAAGUCUCAGAGUCACAUGUGUAUCGUGUUUCAUUGGCCGGAACGUUACGAUCUAAUGACCCCGAAAUCAAAGUUCUCUCACUCCAGGUAUUUGUUGACGGGAAGGAACAUGGUGUUCUGUCUACCCCAGAUGGACAAUGGACCUGGGAAGAGGUGGUCUCAAGGCCGCAUAUUAGUGACCGCUAUCCGACCAUUGCAACAGUUCCCAAGGACUAUGUCCUUCUUGUUCUUAUUGGCACACUUGAAAAUGGGAGAUCGGCAGCUUCGAUGCUACUUGUAAAUUAA